AUGGCGAAAAUAAAUCCGAAUCCCAGAGCAACAAGACGCGGUGUGGCCGACUACGUGAGACCUGGUACUCGGAUCGCUCGUCCUUCUCACCACACGCCAACCAUAGAGCGAAAUACUAGAGAUACCAACCACACUGAGUCAGACGCGACAGUCCCCCAACAAUGCAUUCGGGUGGAGGUUAUUGCAGAGAAACCCUCGACGCGCCCACUGCCGCGAACGUUCGAAACGAUGCUGGCGUUCUACGGGAUCCUCUUCAUGUCCACGUUGGCGUCAGUAGUGACCAGGGACACAUACCUGAAAAUUGCUUCCUACAUGUGCAGCCUGACCAGCACCGAGAUGAAUACCCGCUACUGGUUCCGAACAUUCACCAGGCGCAACAAGCAUCUCUUUGACGAUACUAUGGAAACCCUCAAGAAGUUACCCUCAAUGGUCCAGCCAGUUGAUAUCUAUGGGAUGGACAGUACGUGGUUUUCGGAUGACGGACACGUUGACCUCCACACUGCACCUGUGACGACAAAGAUGGAAUGGCUGAAAACUUUCCUCAAAGAUACCGAUAAUGGUGGCGUUUUAAGAAUGCUUGUGGUGCCAUACCAUGAAGGGCUGGAGGAGUUUGUUGCCGCGUGCCUGGUCAACUAUGUGCUGGUAUCUCACGAGAGUACCACAUACGUCUUAGGGGACGACACAGAUAUCCAUGACUCAAUCUCUGUUGGGGUGCCUGAACCCGAGGUCAUUGGAGUCGAUGCUGUCGACCCUAACUCGCAAAGACUGGACUCACCCGCUCCGGCAGAAGGAAGUGACAACGCAGAUGCCUGUGGCUCCACCGACACAGAUACCCGAGAUGACUCCAGCAACGAUAAUAAGCAGCACCCAGGAGAUAUCCCCGAGACUGCUGAUACUGAAGAUACUAUUACGGAGCCCCCUUCUAGCCAGCUCGUGAUAGUGAGCCGAAAGUCUACAGAGGAGGAAGAAGGGGUCACUGUUUGCACGGAAUUCUCCGAUAAGGCUCUCUCUUACCCCUCUGGAGAUGUUCUGAAGCUGCUGGAACACACGCUGGAAGAGAGAACCAAGCUGAUUAUGAAAGUCAUCACCAUGGAGAAGGAGCUAAGAGCUGCUCGGGGCGGCUGA